GCCUGAGGCCGAGGUUAGUAACACGCAGGCAAUCUUAGAUUAUGUUCUCCUGACUUGUCAUCGAUCGUCGUCUCACAGCGGUGUGUCAGAAAGGCGCAAGGUGACAUGGCCUUGAAAUGGCGAGAUUUCGACACCGCUAUAAAUCGUUACACCGUAGCAAUCAAGCUCGACCAGGCGGAUUAUACAAUAUAUUCGAACAGGAGUCUUGCCCUAGCUUCAAAUCAACAAUGGAAAGAAGCACUCAACGAUGCGGAGCAGGCUAUCAGACUGGCACCAUUCAUACCCCUCGGGUACUAUAGAAAGCACGAAGCCCUGCACGGUGCUGGUCGAUACUGCGAGGCCAUCUGCGCAUUCAACAAAUUUCUCGACUUGAGCGAGACUGCCGGUUCCGGCACACACUCACAAUAUAUCAGGCCAGAGACAGUCAAGAUGACAGUCGGGGAAAUAGCAAAGAAAUUACUAAAAAACACGCCACCCCGUCUCUUCGAUACCGAAAGCGGUGUGAUAUGCGGUCAACCAGCGCGGUUAGAGGUCUUCGAGCACUCUGGGCACUACACGGAGAUAGUGUCAAUGAUCACAACUUACGACAAGCUUGAGAGGGAGGCUGAGUCCAAAGUGCAGGACUACUUUGCAUAUGGAAUGCUUUCUCACCGAUGGGAGAGUGGAGAAGUCCGACUGCAGGACAUCAGACAAGGGGAAAGCAUCUAUACUUCCAGAUUUUCAGGUCUGUCGAAGUUGCAGAACUUCUGCCGCAUCACAAAGAGCCAGCAACUCCGCUGGGCAUGGUGCGAUACUUGCUGUAUUGAUUUAACAAACAGCGUCGAGCUGCAGGAAGCUAUCAAUUCCAUGUUUAGGUGGUACCGAGGUUCUGCACUGACCAUCAUUUACCUUUCCGACAUUUCUAACUCUACCCUCGAUGCGCUAACGAGGAGCUUGUGGUUAACACGAGGAUGGACGCUGCAAGAGCUCCUUGCUCCCAUGGUAAUCCUGUUCUACAGACGAGAUUGGACUUUGUUUGCUCCGGAGGAAUCGUUGAAGAAUAGCGAAGUUGGGCCCAAUCAUAAAAAUUCAGAUCACAUAUGCCGUAUACUAGAUGAGGCUACCGGCGUCGAUGUGGUAAAUCUCCGCGAUUUCAAGCCAGGGCCUACAUGUUCCCGCUUAAAGUUGCACUGGGCGUCUCGUCGCUCUACUACCAAGGUGGAAGAUAUCGCCUAUUCCCUGUUCGGAAUAUUUGACGUCCAGCUACCUAUAUUGUAUGGAGAGCAGGAAGACAAGGCGCUUGGUCGCCUGAUACAGGAGAUAAUCUGCAGAACGGGGGAUGUCUCUGUUUUGGACUGGGUCGGACAACCUGGCUGCAUGAACAGCUGUCUUCCAGAAAAUAUAUCUUGCUUUCAAGUAGCGAAGUGGAAGCCAGAACCGCUCGCACUUGAGGACUCUAUGUCCACCCUCCGUGAAUCACUGUCUUCCGUUACCAUGACCGCCAUGGCCACGCUGCAUCACAGAUUGCAAGACCUGCCAGCUCCACUGCUCAUGCACGGCAAGCUCACAAUUCCUUCCAUCAUUUAUCGUGUCGAGGAUGUCACAGAACGCCAAUCUCACAAUCGCCUGCACCAAUAUAGCCUCAACGUUGCGGGGCUCAAAGAACUUCACAUCGAGACAACGGAGAAGUUGAGGAUUGGGUCAGAGAUGAAUCCGUCCCGUUAUGACUAUUCAAUCGCACACAUUUGGCGCGACGACUUGCUCCAAUGCUUGACGGAGGAGCCGGAUGACGAGACCACACGCACACUCGAAUUCAUCGGUCGUUUAGGGCAGCCGUUCGUGGCAUUCCUGCUAGUGCGGGAGGGACGUACGUUUCGGAAAGUAGCUUCGACAGAACGCAUCAUAGCACAAGUUGACGACAUGUCGAGGGUUCAUGCAACUAGUUUCGAUGUGAAGACUGUGGAGAUAGUAUAAAAUACCAU